GGACCUCCCCAACCCGUACCAGGACCUCCCCAAUCUUUACCAGGACCUCCCCAACCCUCCCAUCCAUCAGCUCCUUCCCGCUCUGCAGGGCACCCACAUUUCCUCUCCGCCUCCAGGUUCGUUCCUUCCCUCAUCCACACAUCCCUUCCCUCUCCAGGCUUCUGGGCCGACCGGACCCCGGUGCACGAGGCCGCUCGGCGCGGGGAGAUCCUGCAGCUGCAGCAGCUCAUCGAGAGCGGGGCCUGCGUCAACGCCGUCACCUACGACUCCAUCACCCCCCUGCACGAGGCCAGCCUGAGGGGACAGACCCAGUGUGUCAAACUGCUGCUGGAUGCAGGGGCACAGGUGGAUGCCAGGAACAUCGACGGCAGCACCCCCCUGUGCGACGCCUGUGCCUCGGGGAGCAUCGAGUGCGUCAAGGUGCUGCUGUCCCACGGUGCCAAGGUGAACCCUCCCCUCUACACGGCCUCCCCUCUCCAUGAAGCCUGCAUGAAUGGUAAAUCCAUGGAGAUUCCUCUCUCCAGGCUUAUUUGGGGCUUGGAGGAGCAAAAGGAAGCAGCACCCAGGACCUUCAUUUGACCGCGAGUUGUUGUU